AUGGGCAGUCGUAAAUCAAAAAUUGUUUCAUCAAUAACAGAAUUUACUGCUAAACAAAUAACAGAAAUUUGUCGUCAAACAAAUUUAUCUGAUGGUGAAGUUCGUCGUCGUCAUACAGCUUUUCUUGAACAAUAUCCUGAUGGUUUAAUAACACGUGAACAAUUAUAUGAAAAUUUAAAUGAAAUUUGGCCUGAAGGACAUAUUGAAAAGCUUGUUUCAUAUCUUUUUCAUAUUUUUAAUGGAGUACCUCGUUUUGCAAAUUAUAUUCAAGAUCAUAUGAUACUUCAACGAGCUCCACGAAGAGCCGUUAUAUGGGGAUAUGGAGAUGCAAGUAAAUUAACUAUUCUCAAAAUGAAUAAUAAAUCAAUAACACUUGAACCUGUAUAUGAUGAAGGACCAUUUGAUAUUCACGUUUCACAACAAUUAGCUAAUGGAACACUUGUUACAAUUACACUUCAUAAUGUUUUAUUUGGUGAUGUUUGGAUUUGUUCAGGUCAAUCAAAUAUGCAAAUGACAGUGAGUUUGAUUUUCAAUGUAACAGGACAAAUUGCUAAUGGAAGUAAUUAUCCAAAAAUUCGAGUAUUUACUGCUGCACUUAAACCAUGA